CGGCACCGGCAGCGGCAUUGGCAGCGGCAGCGGCACCGGCAGCGGCGGGACCCGCAGACCCCGAGGAGCUGCCGGCAACUCCGUCAGGCUUCAUGGCAGAGGGGAGCACAGCUCCCGAUCCAGAGCAGCUCCUGAGGAGGGUGCAGGAGCUGGAGGAGGAGGUGAAGCGGCUGCAGGAGAAGCUCCGGGAGGACAAGGAGGACACCGGGGAAAAGGAAGCUCCUUCGGGCGCCGCCAGAGGCAAGAAGCGGCAGCAGCGACCCUUCGAUUUCGGCGCUCACGGCCGCAGACACGUGGCACUGAAGAUCGCCUACCUGGGCUGGGGCUACCAGGGCUUUGCCAGCCAGGAGAACACCACCAACACCAUCGAGGAGAAGCUCUUCGAGGCCUUGAAGAAGACACGGCUGGUGAACGACAGGCAGACCUCCAACUACCACCGCUGCGGGCGCACCGACAAGGGGGUCAGCGCCUUCGGGCAGGUGAUCUCCCUGGAUCUCCGCUCCAACCUCUCGGAGGGGAAGCAGCUGAAUGGCCACGGGGGUGGCUCCCGGGGCGAGGGUGAGGAGGAGGAGCUGCGCUACACCCACAUCCUCAACAGGGUGCUGCCCGCCGACAUCCGGGUGCUGGCCUGGGCGCCGGUGGGUGCCGACUUCAGCGCCCGCUUCAGCUGCCUGCAGAGGACCUACCGCUACUUCUUCCCCUGCGCCGGCCUGGACGUGGCCCUCAUGAACGCAGCGGCCCAGAGGUUCGUGGGCACCCACGACUUCCGCAACCUCUGCAAGAUGGACGUGGCCAACGGAGUGCUCACCUUCCAGAGGACCAUCCGCAGCGCCGCCGUCACCUGGGCGCAGCAGGGCGCGGGCAGCAGCCAGCCGCAGGACCCCUUCCGCCUGUGCCAGUUCGAAGUGACGGGACAGGCCUUCCUCUACCACCAGGUGCGCUGCAUGAUGGCCAUCCUCUUCCUCAUCGGCCAGGGCAUGGAGAGCCCAGAGGUCAUCGACGAGCUGCUGGACGUGGAGAGGAACCCCCGGAAGCCACAGUACAGCAUGGCUGUUGAGUUCCCCCUGGUCCUCUACGACUGUGAGUUUGAGAACCUACAGUGGCUCUACGACCGAGAUGUGCAGGAGUUCAACGUCACCCACCUGCAGCAGCUCUGGGCCAGCCAUGCUGUCAAGACUCAGGUGCUGAGAGACAUGUUACAGGGCCUGGAUGCUGCUCCCGUAGCUGCUGCAAACGGCCCAGGGAACAGCACAACCAUCCUCUGGGGCGAGCUGAAGCCUCCCCUGCAGCUCCAGGCCAGCAGCCUCAUGGAAGGCGUCCGAGCCCGCACCUACAAGCCGCUGCUGGCACGGCCCAGGUGCCAGGGGCUGGAGGCCAGGAUCCGCCACUUCGUGCGCAGGGGCCGCAUCGAGACCCCCCAGGGCCUGCACCUGGGCGAGGACGGGGACCAGCAGCCCCCCGACAGCAAGAGGAGCCACCACGGCCCAGAGAGCGGCGCUGGCACAGAGCAGCCUCCCAAGAGGGUCUGCGUGGACGCAGAGUGACGGCGCCGGGGCCGGGCAGUGCCCGCCCGGGGAGGGAUUCGGCGGCAGAGAGAGGGCAUUUUCCAGGGCUACUUUUAUAAACGCCAAGCUGCUCUGGGGAGUGCUGCCGUGUCUGGGCUCUGCGGAGGGCCUGAGGGCUGCCUCACCCUGCUCUGCUUUUCUUCAGCCACCAGAGAAGCACUUGGGUAGUGCUGAUGUGCAGCGUUCAGGAGGGUCUGUGCACUGCUGCGGUGGCCGGGGGGGGGUAGGGGAUGCCUCUCCCCCUCAGCCUGCUUUCAUUCUUUAGGAGUUGACCAAAAAGUGCAGUUUUCCAGGGCUAUUUCUAUACAUUUCCAGACAAUUUGUGGCUUGCUGCUGUGUCUCAGGCCUGGGAGGGGGUCGAGGGGCACCUCUGUCCCCCUUGGUUUUCUUAGCUGACACAACAAAGCACUUUGUAGUGCUGCUUGUUACAGCGUUCAGGAAAAUCUGUGCCAUGCUGGGGGGGAUGUGGGGGUCCCUCACCCCCUCAGAGCCUCUCUGCUUCGGGUCUUUGUGAAUUGACCAAGAAAAGCAUUUUUCUAGCA